AUGCCUCGAGUUUACAAGCCCGGAAAAGUCGCACUCGUCCUCCAAGGCCGCCAUGCGGGGAAGAAGGUGGUUGUCAUCAAGCAGCUAGACGAAGGAACCAAGGAGCGGCCAUACCCCCACGCGAUUGUUGCUGGUAUCGAGCGCUACCCUCUGAAGGUGACGAAGCGCAUGGGCUCGAAGAAGGUGGCGAAGCGGAGCAAGGUCAAGCCUUUCAUCAAGGUCGUCAACUACUCGCAUUUAUUCCCUACGCGAUACGCACUGGAGUUGGAGGGCCUGAAGGGUGUCGUGGCUGCGGACACGUUCAAGGAGGUCUCACAGCGGGAAGACUCGAGGAAGCAGAUUAAGAAGUUGCUGGAGGACAGAUACACUAGCGGAAAGAACAAGUGGUUCUUCCAGCCACUUCGAUUCUAG